AUGGGGACCAGUUGCAGUGCUGCUUGCAACAUGGGUUUGACCAACAGCAGCAGUCUAGCUGUGUGUCAAGAACAGGACAUUGAAAACUGGGCCCUUCCACCCUGCAACAGGUACCUCUGCCCACUGCUGCCCACAUGCAUUCUCAUCCCAGUGACAGCUGUUUGCUUGGUCUUGCUGGUGCUGGGUGUAGGUGGCAAUGUCUUGACUGUGAUUGUUACAAGCUGCUCCCAAGAGCUACACAACACUACCAGUUUAUAUCUGGGCAGUUUGGCUGUAUCUGACCUGUUGAUGCUCCUCCUGGGUCUACCCAUGGAUCUGUACCGCUUGUGGCGCUCCCAGCCAUGGGUACUGGGUACUGUGCUGUGCCGUGUGUGGCACUGGUCAAGUGAGGCAUGUGCCUACUGUUCCAUCCUGCAUCUGACAGCCCUGACAGCUGAGCGCUAUCUGGCCAUUUGCUUCCCACUGCGGGCUAAAGUCCUGGUGACCCAACAGCGGGUAAAAGCCCUGCUGGUAGUGCUCUGGGCUGUGGCACUGCUAACUGCUGCACCUUACCUAUUCCUUGUGGGAGUCCGACAGGCUGGCAACUUUUCCAGUGAUGAUGAUUUCAGCCGUGAAUGUGGCCCUACUUUGUACGCCCAGCAGACAGGGCUGUUGGAGACAAUGCUCUGGGUCACCACCAGCUACUUCAUCCUCCCCUUCUUCUGCCUCUACAUCCUCCAUGGCUUGAUUGCUAGAGAACUUCUGCGUGUUGGCAAAGCACAUCUUGGUGUGGCUUCAUACCGGAACCAUCAGCAAACAGUGCGCAUGUUGGUUAUCCUGGUUCUGGCAUUCCUCAUUUGCUGGUUGCCCUUCCAUGUUGGUCGGAUCAUGUACAUCAACCGAAAGAACUUCAAGAUGAUGCUCUUCUCUCAGUAUUUUAAUGUUUUUGCAUUGCAGCUUUUUUACUUGAGUGCUACUAUCAACCCAAUCCUUUACAAUCUUGUCUCAAAGAAAUACAGGGCAGCAUUGUACAAGUUGCUGGUAACCAAAAAGCAACCGGAACGGGCUUCAACUAUUACUAGAGAGACAGCUGGCUACCUAGAGAUUGCUGGAUAAUUUAAAAGCAAGAUGAUUCCUAGGACCCUUUCUCCCACUGCUUUCACUGGUUACUUUUUGGCAGAUGUGUGAAAUGAAGGGCAGAUCAUAAUGAAUGCUUCCAGGCAUAGCUCUGUGAAAUGUAAGACUAGGCUAGUGCUGGUGAAACCAAAUUAUCACUAGGGCUAUUUGGACAAGCAGAGAAAGAUACUCUCUCCUUCCUAUGUAUAGUAUAAUUGCCACCUGGUCUUUCCUGCAAACUAAUGCUUGUAAACCAGUAUUAGAAGCCACACACUGACUUUGAUUGGCAGGCAAGGACUUUCAUAUAGUUUGACAGCUCUGAAAAAAUGGCAGCUUGAGUUUAGCCACCGGUGAAGAAGGCAGGCUUGAGAUAAUUUAAAAGCUCUGUUAGCUUAGCAACACAACGGGAUAGCCCAUCAUUUGACAUAUGAGAUACCAAAAAAAUCCAAUUUUCAAUUCUCUACCACAGUUCUAGCAAAAUAAGUUUAAAAGAUUCACCUGUAGCCUCUGGAGGGUUACUAUACUGCAGCUGGGACUAGAGAUCUAGGAGCUGGAUAAAAAGCCUGAUUAUAAAAAUAGCAGCCAAUAUUUUUGUGUAACCUAUAGUAUAGUAUGUUUAUAAAUUAGACUAGACAGUACUAUAAUGCUUUUGGUUUAUCUAUUUUAGCCAGUGUCAGAAUGAUUCAGUACUUUCGUAGCUGGGUUUUCAAUUUGCCAUAGCUCAAAAGACGACCCAAUUAGCUGGACCAGAUGGACAAAAAUAAUAAAACAAAUAUGGAAUGGAAGAUAGGGAUUAAAAUUAAAUCAGACUAUAUCUUCAUUUAGUUUAGCUCUCCUUUUGCUUCCCUCACAUUGACACCAACUAGCUGAUAUAAUUUCAAUUGUAAUUCUGCCUAACUAGGAGAACUAUAA